UUGUCCUCUUUACUAGAGAGGCUCUGGUUUCCUCUUCAGCAGUGUAUGAUAGGUGGCAGUAUGGAACUAGUUUUCCAUCCGAAAACCCGCAGAAACUGGAGAUCCACGAGCUUUCAGCUAGUAAAUCUGUAGGAUUGAACAGUUCCAGUCUUCGCUGUGGAUCAGCGGAAUCCGUUCUGAGAAAGAAAUGAUCAUCAGUUAGAUGAAAUGAAUGCCAUCCUGUUCCAGAUCUUCUUCUCCUAGUGUCGUCUUUCCAACCUGUUUCAAAUUUAGCUACGGAAAAACACUCUAAAAGAACAGUUCACACAGGGGUUAAACUACUAGAAAAGGGGAGGAACAUGGAAUCCGCAAAAAUCUCCAAUACUCAGCCAAUACCCUCUCCUACUUCUCCCAAACAAAUACAGAAAAGUACAUGCAAGAAAAAAACCCAUCACUGCUCAGACUGUGGGAAGAGUUUUAGUCAUCAGAGUACUCUCAAUAUACACCAGCGCAUUCACACUGGAGAGAAACCGUAUCACUGCUCAGACUGUGGGAAGAGUUUUAAUCAUCAGGGUGGUCUCCACCGACACCAGCGCAUUCACACUGGAGAGAAACCGUAUCACUGCUCAGAAUGUGGGAAGGGUUUUAGUUGUCAGGGUAAUCUCCAACAACACCAGCGCAUUCACACUGGAGAGAAACCGUUUCACUGCUUAGAGUGUGAGAAGAGUUUUAGUUACCAUACUUCCCUCAAACUAAACCAGCGCAUUCACACUGGAGAGAAACCGUAUCUCUGCUCAGACUGUGGCAAGAGUUUUUCUUAUCAGAGUGAUCUCCAACAACACCAGCGCAUUCACACUGGAGAGAAACUGUAUCACUGCUUAGAGUGUGAGAAGAGUUAUUAUUAUCAGAGUACUCUUCUACAACACCAGCGCAUUCACACUGGAGAGAACCUGUGUCACUGCUCCGACUGUGGGAAGAGUUUUAGUAGUCAGAAUCACCUCCAACGACACCAGCGCAUUCACACUGGAGAGAAACCGUAUCACUGCUCAGAGUGUGGGAGGAGUUUUAAUCGUAAGGGUCAUCUCCAACGACACCAGCGCAUUCACACUGGAGAGAAACCGUAUCACUGCUCAGAGUGUGGGAGGAGUUUUAGUCGUCAGAGUCAUCUCCAACGACACCAGCGCAUUCACACUGGAGAAAAAACGUAUCACUGCUAAGACUCUGGGAAUACUGUCCAAUUUAUUGCUUUGAUUGUGAGACACUGGUGUGUAAUACAUCCAUUUUCAUUAGUAAUAGGCAACUCCAAAAAAGAGGUAGCUAACUGGAUUUAAAAUGGAAAGUUCUGUAAGUGUUGUGUUUCUGAAAUAGGGUUGGGUGGUAUGGCGGUAUUUUUGUAUACCCCGAUAUUUAAUUAUGGUGAAGGUAUUGUAAAAUGGUGACGGAAUAUUAACCAUGUGAUGUAACGUGCCAAAUCUGUACUUUGAAAAACGGGACAUUUAAGACAUUCUGCGCCUCUACAAUGAAAGAGCAGUGGGGGAGAUGAUACAGAAAAAACUCAAUAAACUUUGCAGGUUUCACUAAUUUUCACCGAAAUGGUCAGAUUUAUCAGUUUAUCCUGCUAUGUGGGGUGUUCUGGUGUAUGAAUUACUCACAGGUAAAAUUACAGCUGCUUCUUAAAUGAACUUAUAGCUGAGUGGAGUUUAUUCCUCAUCUCCUGUUUCUACAAAAAACGUGCUUUUAUCUCCCUCGCGCUCAUAUUCUAAUCCCAUAAAGAAUUCCAGUGUCCUCUGGGUUUUUUUUUUUUUUGUCGUUAUUCAGUAGCUUAACAGACAGAAUAUGAAACUUUACCAGCACUAUGAAUCGCAACACCUAUAGAACAGAAAGAGCAGCGGCAGCGUGAGGGUUCUAGUGAAAUAAUUCAAAUGUAAAAAUACCCACCACAUAAAAAUCACAUUGCUACAUAACUAAAUGCAGUCCUUGCUACUGUGGGAACACUUUGACUAGCAUCACUUUAUCACUUUUGUUUACUUUGAUUUUAGUGUAACAUUAUUUUACAUAUCUAGCAAAGCAGCUUUGUGUGCCCAGCUCUGAACUUAUACUCACAUAUAGAACUAAGUAUAACUCUAAAUCACUGAUGUGUACUGGUAUAAUUAUUGCUAUAUGUGCUGAGUGGUGUGUGCAUUUACUGUGUUCUGUAUCUGUUUAUUGGCUUAUUGGUUUUAUGGUAUUUAAAUUAUGUAUGACCUAAUGGUAAUGAAUUUGGUAACACUUUAUAAUACUGUUUCAGAGUUAAUAGGUAAGUAAACAGGAACUAAGCAAUAGUGCUGCAUUAACAAUUAAAUAUUUUCUAUUAACUACAAGGAAUCACUGAGUAAUUACUAUGAACUCAACUAAUGAUCAUAGUAGUUCACUAUUAUCUCCACAUUAGUUACAUAUCUCCUGGAGAACUACUGACGCAUUAUGUUUCUUUUAUAGUAACUAUUAAUUAAUUACUGCCUAAAUCAACAUUAACUGCUCAGCUGAAAACCCUUAUAUGCCACCUGGGAACUAUGUACUUCCCAGGUAUUUACAAUAAAUCAAAUUAUUCAAUAGUGAUAAUGAAGGCAUAUUUGAUUGAAGCAAGUGACACCAACUGUAGUAGUAGUGGUAACCUUAAUUAUCUUAUUAUCCUCAGUUUCUUCGAAAAUAGUAGCAACACAUAGUAAAACUCUACAGUGUGCAGUAGUCUGCUUAACCUCCAUUUUUGGAAGAAAAAACAUUAUUAUGCAGCAUUAAUACAUAGGAGACGUUGAGACAAGUAAAACUGGAAGAAUGAUAGUAAGAGUGUUAUUUUAUUUUUUAGUGAUCACUGCUUUAUUUUUAAGCACCAACCUUACAAAAGUGCAUAGUCAGCCUUUAAGUGUGCACUAUUAGGGUAAUUACGGUAAUUUCACAUCAGAUGCAGCUCUCCUCAGUGUAUGUUCUCUACUAUUGCUUCUGCAUGAGACUGCCUCUUUCUUCUUUCUGUAUUUGACUGAAAAUAAACUAUUAAUCACAAUA